ACUUCUGUCACCCCCAGACCAACUGUCGCGGCGCCCACGGCCUCUGACUCCUGGCGAUUUUCACAGGAGUGAAUUAGGGCGACCCUGAGGAUUAGAAAAGGCCUCUGCUUUUGCCCUUUUCUGGGCUGAGGCCUUAUGGUUGGCGGAGGAGGAGGAGGUGGAGGUCGCCCUAGAAAUCAGUCGGCUGGGGGAGUGGGAGGCUGGACCCUAAGUGCGCGCCCAGCCGGGGCGCGUGUGAGCGCGCGUCCUGGGGUAGGUUAAGCGUCCUUUCCUCCAUAGCUCCCAGGGCCGCCCUCGGUCACGUGGCCCGCGGGGCCCGACAGGUAUCUCGCCCAGAGAGGGCUGGGGCUGGUAGCUGCCCCGCCUCGUCGGGCGCCGCGGGCGGGUCUCGGCAGCGCCCACUGCUCCAGCCGGGCCGCAGGUGCCGCCUCCGACACACAGGGUCCCGCCCAAGCUGAUCCGCGUCUGCCGACGGUCGGUGCGUGCGCCUCGUCGGUCCGCGCGUGUGUGGCCGAGCGCCCCCCUCCUCUGUGGCCAUGACUUCGCCGCCACCCCAGCCACCGUCCCUGGGCCCGAACCCUGCCCCAGACUCUGCCGCCGACCCCCACCCAGAGCCUGGACUUCUGGUCGUAUUGUUUGGGGCCACAGCCGGUGCCCUGGGGCCGGAUCUUGGCUCCGACGAGACCGACUUAAUCCUGUUAGUGUGGCAAGUAGUGGAGCUGCGGAGCCGACAGGUGGGGACGCUGCACAAGUCACUGAUUCGCGCCGAGGCGCCCGCCCUGAGCCCUCAGUGCCGCGAGGCGAGUGGCCUGAGCGCCGACAGCCUGGCGCGGGCCGAACCACUUGACAAGGUGCUGCAGCAGUUCUCACAGCUGGUGAGUGGGGACAUAGCUCUGCUGAGUGGGGGCCCCUAUGUGCUCUGCACUGAUGGGCAGCAGCUACUACGACAGGUCCUGCACCCUGAGGCCUCCAGGAAGAACCUGGUGCUCCCCGACACCUUCUUCUCCUUCUACGACCUCCGCAGAGAGUUCCAUGUGCAGCACCCAAGCACCCGCCUUGCCAGGGACCUCACCGUGGCCACCAUGGCACAGGAACUGGGGCUGGAGACAGAUGCCACAGAAGAUGACUUUGGGGUCUGGGAAGUGAAGACAAUGGUAGCUGUCAUCCUCCACCUGCUCGAAGGUCCCAGUGGUGAAUUGUUUUCGAAGCCCGAGGUGAUAAAGCAGAAAUAUGAAACAGGACCUUGCAGCAAGGCUGAUGUGGUGGACAGUGAGACCGUGGUUCGUGCCCGGGGGCUGCCCUGGCAGUCAUCAGACCAGGACGUGGCUCGCUUCUUCAAAGGGCUCAACAUUGCCAGGGGUGGUGUAGCACUCUGCCUCAAUGCCCAGGGCCGCAGAAAUGGCGAGGCCCUCAUCCGCUUUGUGGACAGCGAGCAGCGGGACCUAGCGUUGCAGAGACACAAGCACCACAUGGGUGUCCGCUAUAUCGAGGUAUAUAAAGCAACAGGAGAGGAGUUUGUAAAGAUCGCAGGGGGCACAUCACUAGAGGUGGCGCGUUUCCUGUCAAUGGAAGACCAAGUGAUCCUGCGGCUUCGAGGACUGCCCUUCUCUGCUGGGCCAGCAGACGUGUUAGAAUUCCUGGGGCCAGAGUGCCCAGUGACUGGGGGUGCCGAUGGGCUGCUCUUUGUACGCCACCCUGAUGGCCGGCCCACAGGUGAUGCCUUUGCACUCUUUGCCUGUGAGGAGCUGGCACAGGCUGCCCUGCGCAGGCACAAGGGCAUGCUGGGUAAGCGAUACAUUGAACUCUUCCGGAGCACUGCAGCCGAGGUGCAGCAGGUCUUGAACCGUUACGCAUCCAGCCCACUCCUUCCCACAAUGACUGCUCCAUUGCUGCCCAUUCCCUUCCCACUGGCAGCUGGGACUGGGAGAGACUGUGUGCGCCUUCGAGGCCUGCCCUACACAGCCACCAUCGAAGACAUCCUGAGCUUUCUCGGGGAGGCAGCAGCUGACAUCCGGCCCCACGGUGUGCACAUGGUGCUCAACCAGCAGGGUCGGCCAUCAGGCGAUGCCUUCAUCCAGAUGACGUCAGCAGAGCGGGCCUUAGCUGCUGCUCAGCGGUGCCAUAAAAAAAUGAUGAAGGAACGCUAUGUGGAAGUGGUCCCCUGCUCCACAGAAGAGAUGAGCCGUGUGCUAAUGGGGGGCACUUUGGGCCGCAGUGGCAUGUCCCCUCCACCCUGUAAGCUGCCUUGCCUCUCACCACCAGCCUAUGCCACCUUCCAGGCCACCCCAACACUCAUUCCCACUGAGACGGCAGCUCUCUAUCCUUCUUCGGCACUGAUCCCGGCUACCAGGGUGCCUGCUGCCCCCACCCCUGUUGCCUACUACCCAGGGCCAGCCACUCAGCUCUACAUGAACUACACAGCUUACUACCCCAGCCCCCCAGUCUCUCCCACCACUGUGGGCUACCUCACCACGCCCUCUGCCGCCCUGGCCUCUGCUCCUACCUCAGUGUUGUCCCAGCCAGGCGCCCUGGUCCGUAUGCAGGGUGUCCCAUACACAGCUGGUAUGAAGGAUCUGCUCAGCGUCUUUCAGGCCUACCAGCUAGUCCCUGAGGACUAUACCAGCCUGAUGCCUGUUGGUGACCCAUCUCGCACUGUACUACAGGCCUCCAAAGAAUGGGUGUGUUUGUAGGUGAGGGCGUCAGAAGGUAAGAGCUGGCUGACGUCCUCAGCUACCAUGUCUCUCCUGUGUCCAGAGAAGCAGUGCCCUCAACCUGGUGGCUUCCUGC